CACACCGCAGAUCUACCACCCUCAGGCUCUUCAUCUGCAGUGGCGGUAAUGACGCGCACGUCAUAAGAUUCUUCAAGGUAUUUGGUGAAAUAAAGGAUGUGUAAAGGAGAAGGGAUUUUACAUGAGUUAGCUAUACCUUUCUCUUCUUUCUCCUUCAAUGUACUCAGGCCUGGGUACGUACAGACGGCACUAAUGGCGUGGGGCCAGAAGAGCUUUUAAUUUUGGAAUUCUGAAGAACUGAGAACUCAUGACUCUGUCAUCAGCUCUGAAGUGGAAUAUAAAUAAAGUUUUGUCAAUUUUUUUUAAAGCACCCACUAAACUACAAAUCCCUUCUCUCUCCUCGAGGUGGACGGGUCACGUGGCUUUCCAGGAAUCCGGAAGUCUGGUCCGCUCGCCCAAUCACGCCCGGAAUCCUAGCUAGCGGCGCCAGGUUGGCCAUUCCUGGGGAAGCUUGCUCUCCGCCAAGCCGGGUACCGCCUCCGCGCGCCGCGCUGACGGGUCGUUAGCGGAUACGGCGGCCGCAGGGGCGGAGUCAGGGGCCUUUGCCCGCCUUGGCGGCCGGUUCUACCUUCCAAGUUCUCGCCUCCUGCUCCGCCAUGGCUCCCAAAGGCAGCUCCAAACAGCAGUCCGAGGAGGACCUGCUCCUGCAGGAUUUCAGCCGCAAUCUCUCGGCCAAGUCCUCCGCGCUCUUUUUCGGGAACGCGUUCAUCGUGUCCGCCAUCCCCAUCUGGUUAUACUGGAGAAUAUGGCAUAUGGAUCUUAUUCAGUCUGCUGUUUUGUAUAGUGUGAUGACCCUAGUAAGCACAUAUUUGGUAGCCUUUGCAUACAAGAAUGUGAAAUUUGUUCUCAAGCACAAAGUAGCACAGAAGAGGGAGGAUGCUGUUUCCAAAGAAGUGACUCGAAAACUUUCUGAAGCUGAUAAUAGAAAGAUGUCUCGGAAGGAGAAAGAUGAAAGAAUCUUGUGGAAGAAGAAUGAAGUUGCUGAUUAUGAAGCUACAACAUUCUCCAUCUUCUAUAACAACACUCUGUUCCUGGUCGUGGUCAUUGUUGCUUCCUUCUUCAUAUUGAAGAACUUCAACCCUACAGUGAACUACAUCUUGUCCAUAAGUGCUUCAUCAGGACUCAUUGCCCUCCUGUCUACUGGCUCCAAAUAGACCAUGUCAGCUUCACCCCCUGGCUUUGUGUGUAUGGGUGGCCUGUGGUAUAUGGAAAAGUCGCAGGGUGGUCAGGGUGGGAGACACACAAGAUGUUUUUAUAGUCUAGAACCUUUAAAAAACCCAGCAGAAUGUAACUCAGAAUUUGUUUAUUGGCUGUUUUUGACAGAUUGUUGAAAUUAAAUGAAUUGAAAAGGAAACUCAGAGUACCAGGACGUUUAUUAAAAGGAAAAAAAUGUCUUGCAAUGUGUUAUAAUCACAAGAGGAGAAAAUAACUUGUUUCCUUGAUCUGUCAGAGGUCACAGUAACCUGGGCCGAGCUGUUAUUAUUUAUUAUAUAACAGUAGUAGGAAGUUAAUAACUGGUUCUCUGUGUUCCAAGCACAAUAUUGCAGCUUCUUUUGAACCAUAAAUAUCCGAAUGAAUCCUCUUCCCAGGGGAUUGAACAGAAGCUUAAUGUUUAAAAGUGUUUGAAUUUGUGAUCUGAAAUAACGCAAAAUUAAAAACAUGAUUUCUCCAGCUUUCCAACUUGAGGAAGAGAAACUUGUGGAAAAGUUCUGCUGUUUUUUUUUUUUUUUUUUUU